UUCAUUCCUACAGGGCUCCCUUCUCAGACAGAGCUCAAAGACGUAGCUAACAGACACUUGGUGUGCGCAUCGGGGAGAGAGAGAGAGAGAGAAAGAGAAAGAGAGAGAGAGAGAGGGAGAGAGAGCUGGCUAAAUGGGUGUAAUUAUACAUCUCUAGCUUGAUCCGGAAGGUUAUUUUUGCCACCUAGCCCGUCAUGUAAUUGCCCUUGGCUUUCUAUCCUUAGGUUUUUCUUUUUCUUUUUUUUGUUAAGUUGAUUUCCAGCCCAGCAGUAGCCUACCUACCAUCACAGAGAAGCCAAGUAGGACUUGUAAUCAAAUACCAGUGGUGCGGUUUUUUUGGUAGGUUAGGGCUGUUGCGUUUCAAAAGGGUGGUGGACCAGACACAAGCUUCGUGUGGAGACUGUCACUUUAACUAUACAUCUAGCGAACAAGGCAACAGCCGACCGCAAGUAGACCUGACACCUCUAUUUGUAGGAGACGUCCCGAGAAGGAGUGUCUCUCUCCAAAACCGGGCUGUUCCCGUAGUGAUCUUUUCAAUCCCGCUACAAAGAAGAGGAUUUCAAGGAAUAUAAUAUAUGCACAGAUUAAAAGGCUGACUUGACAAUGGGAUCUACAAAGCACUGAAGAGGCUCUGACAAAAGAACAGGGGAACCAGGAGGAAAGGAGAGGAGUAAAACAAAACAAAAGGAGAAGGAGAAGGAGCCUUUAUUGAAAAGAAAAGCGGAGGUCGGCUCGGGGAGUCUGUCGGUGUGGGGUUGGGGUGCAUGCUGUCCUCUCCUUUGUGAGAGAGAGAGAGAGAGAGUUAACAAGAGACAAAGAAUGUGCAAUAAACAGAGAGGAGAGUGUCGAGCGGCGGAGGAGGCUGGAGCGGGAUUGCCUGGUCUGGGCAGCAGAACCAGUGUGCUACUGCUACUGGCUCUCCUGGUAGCCAUGGUCCAGGCUCAGGGACCGGUGGAGGUGCUGGACGGACCCGGGGAGCUGGAGGCCUCCAUGCACUCCUCCAUACUCUCAGACUUCCAGGUGGUGGAGGCAGCGGUGGAGGCCCUGGAGCCGUUGGUGGCUGCAGUAGGAGCAGGGGGAGUGGCAGGGUUCCCUGACUCGUCUGCUGUGGUGGGCCGGGUGUUUCAGAUUAAGUUCCCGGUGAAGACAGACUACACCAGCAACACGAAGAUAACUGAGUCAGGCAAGGAGACGCUACCAACAUGGCUUCACUGGGACUGGAAGAGCAACGUCCUACAGGGUCUACCGCUGGAGGAGGACAAGGGUGUCCACUACAUCACCGUCUCCACAUCCAACGGCAGCCAGGACAUCUUCUCCAUCGAGGUGCACCCAGAGGAACACGCCGACACCGACCCGAUCCAGCUUGCCAUCCAGUCGGCGUCCAACAAUGAGGUCCAGCCGUUCGUCUGCGGCACAGAGGAACCGGUGACGGUGCUCACUGUGAUUCUAGACGCCGACCUCACCAAGAUGAGCUCCAGGCAGAGGGUGGAGCUGCUGGGCAAGAUGAAGAAGUUCUCUGGCGUGGCGCUCCAGCACAUGAAGAUACUUCCCGUGGUCAACAACAGAUUGUUCGACAUGUCCGCCUUCAUGGCCGGACCAGGAAAUGCCAAAAAGGUGGUGGAGAACGGAGCCCUGUUAUCCUGGAAGCUAGGAUGUUCCCUAGACCAGAGUAAUGUCCCCAACAUCAGCAGCGUCCAGGCGCCGGCGAAAGAAGGCACUAUGUCUGCUCAGCUGGGAUACCCUGUGGUCGGUUGGCACAUCGCCAACAAGAAGCCUCAUAUCCCCAAACGAGUGAGGCGCCAGCUCAACAAUACCCCUACCCCUGUUCUAGCUGUGCUUCCCCCAACGUCUGUUGUCGAGCCCCCUGUUCGCAUUGUACCCACCCUGUCGUCACCUGCCAUUGCUGCCCCCACAGACAGCUCUGCCCCACCCAUUAGAGGGCCUGUGCCCUUGCCCAUGAAGCCCACGAUCCGUGUCAGAGACUCCUAUGCCCACACUCCCACUCAGGGUGCACCCCUGCCAACCAGAGUGAUGGAGUCCACUAGUACCAUCUCCAUUCAACCCACCAUGACCAGGCAUACCGUUGUGGAAGCCACUCCGACACUCCCUCCACCCACCACAGUCGCCACCAGAAAGCCAACCAAGAAACCAAAGAGACCGAAGACCACUCCGAUGCCAAGGGAACCCAAGACCACCACUGCCAAACCAGCCAGACGCACCACCCCUUCGUCCAUCGUGCCUGACCCAAGAAACGAGAAACCAGAUCUCCGCAACCCCAUCGAUCAGGUCAAUGCCUUCGUGGGCACAUACUUUGAGGUGAAGAUCCCAUCCGAUACAUUCUUUGACAAGGAGGACGGUACGACAGACAAACUGAGGUUGACCCUGAGGAUGAACCACAACGAAGUUGUCGCGGACGACUCCUGGAUACAGUUUAAUAGCACAAGCCAGCUGCUGUACGGUCUUCCAGACUCAAAUCACGUUGGGAAGCACGAGUACUUCAUGCAGGCCACCGAUAAGGGCGGUCUGAAUGCGAUCGAUGCCUUCGAGGUCCGCGUGAACCGCUGGGCAUCCAACGAUAAGUCCCCGGUCCUGUUCCAGGCCCGCUUACAUGGAGAACCUCGCCUGGUGACCAACAACAUCCACAAGAAGAUCCUGCUCAUCAAGAAGCUGGCGUACUCGUUCGGUGACCGCAACAGCAGUACGGUCACCCUGAGGAACAUCACCAAGGGAUCCAUCGUGGUGGAAUGGACGAACAACAGCCUCCAGCAGAACCCCUGUCCCAAGGAGCAGAUCCAGACCAUGUCCAGGAGGAUCUCCGAUGCCCAGGGAAGGCCCUCCCAGACCUUCAUCUCCGCCAUGGAACCUGACUUCAUACCCAUCAGCAUCAAGGUCAACGGAAUGGGUGCCUGCCGGAACUACAUGUUUGUCCCGCCGGGUGAAAUCACUAUCCCUAUCCCACCGGCCGUCACGCCGGCGCUGGGCACCGGACGCCAGAGCACGGACGACGUCUACCUCCACACGGUGAUCCCGGCCGUGGUGGUGGCGGCCAUCUUGCUGAUCGCCGGCAUCAUCGCCAUGAUCUGCUACCGCAAGAAGCGCAAGGGCAAGCUGACCAUCGAGGAUCAGGCUACCUUCAUCAAGAAGGGGGUGCCCAUAAUCUUCGCAGAUGAGCUAGACGACUCCAAGCCCCCUCCGUCCUCCUCCAUGCCCCUCAUCCUGCAGGAGGAGAAACCCCCUCUGCCCCCGCCGGAGUACCCCAACAUGGCCAGUCCAGAGACCACCCCCCUGAACCAGGACCUUCUGGGUGAGUACACGGCUCUGAGGGACGAGGACCCCAACGCGCCCCCCUACCAGCCCCCGCCCCCCUUCACCGCCCCCAUGGAAGGUAAAGGAUCUCGUCCAAAGAACAUGACCCCCUACAGAUCCCCGCCACCCUACGUGCCACCCUAAGGUUAGCUGGCUCCUCCAGAGAAGGAGGAGGGAAGCAGGGGGACUUGUAACGGUCUCAAUCCAGUGUUGUCUGUUUGGAAAUAAGGGGUGGGAGGAGGAGGACAAAGUGGGAACAAACUUUGGAUUUUGGGUUGGGAGGGUUUUGGGGUGAUCUGAUUGAGUCUGAGUUGAAGUUGUUGGAAAGAUGGGAGGGAGGGAGAACUAGGUGGUAACUGCGGCAACAGUAUCCACAACAAGGACACUAUUCAGUCUCUUAUCGUCUCAUUGGCUACAGCUGUACAGCUAGUUUGGGAAGACAUGCCCCUCUUGUCCCAGUGCUUUUUUUUUCUUCUUCUCAGUUUGAAACUAAAUGGGCUUUGUUUUAUUUUAUGUAUUUGAUUCUUUUUUUGGGGGGGGGGGGGCUGACUUCAACCGAAAUCAAGCUACUUGCUUAACAGCACUCUUUUUAUGUUAUUUUAUCUUGAAUAAUACAAGAACGUAAUAAACAAACACACUGCAGGCAAAAAGGUUUUGAAUAGAGAGAGAGUUCUAUGAAUGAAAACAAAAACAACAUAAUCAUGUGGAUCUGUGCCAGCCCUGCAUCCAGCCCUGAGGCCAGACAGACAGACAACACAGUGGUGGGUCAGUGUUUGGAGUCAAUAAGGUUUGUCUUUUAACACUAAUUGUAUAUUUGUAUCCUUAUUCACACAAGAUGAGCAUAACAAAGUUAGCCAAAAAAAUUAUUAGAAAUUAGUUUUAAAAAUGUUUUGUUUCUUUUAUUAUUUUUGUUUUUAAUAGUUUUAGAUAGAU